AUGACUGGAAGCAGCUUUGGUUCUGAAGCAGGUGAUUCAAUGUCCUCUGGUGAUGAGAAAAAUCAGGCGUUUAUAGAAUCUGAUGACGUGAUGCCCCCCCAUGGCCAAUUUAACACGACCCAGAAGCCCGUCCUUAAGCCCAUCCUUAAGCCCAAAGAGUCCAAGCCGACCCUUGGGACUUACACUCUCAUUAAAAACGGCAAAACAUGUGUGAGGGCUUCCCUUGGUGUAGAGUUCAUUGUGGAAGAGAAUAAGACGAAAUCAUAUUUCAACCUAGACCCCAGAAAAACGAGGGCAACGGGAUACUGUGGGGGUGAUAAGGCUCUUCUUUCACUGGAUUUUGAGGGAGGCAACGUGCAGUUCACGUUUUACAAGGAAGGCAACGUCUACUAUGUGAAGACGCUGAAAACUUUUCUGAAUCCAGCCCCCCCUCGUAAGGGCAGCGAAAGUAAAUAUUAUCCUGGUGUUAUGGAUCAUGAAAAGUUAUUUAAGGCUGACAAAGGUCUCAGCUUCAAGUGCAAAUCACACACAACAUUCCCAAUGUCUCAGAAUCUUUGGCUUAAGUUUGUGCCUCUUCAGAUUCAAGCCUUUGAUUUCGGCAGUGGGAAAUUUGGAAAAGAGGUUGAGUGCUGGGCGGACUACAUGAAGCGCAUUGUGCCAAUCAUUGUGGGGGCAGUGGUUGUAGGACUCUGUCUCAUUGCCGUGCUGGUCUAUGUGUUAGUCCGUGAGCACCGCAAACAAGGCUACGAACAGCUGUGA